CUCCCACAAAACCCCACUCUUUCGAUUGCCUUGUCUUCAAACAAGGUGUUGCGAGUUCGAAAUCCACAUCAAAUAUCACGCGCAGGUAGACCAGCAGCAACGACAUGGGCGAAGGCAGAGAGGGAGAUUGGGAGUGCAGCGGAUGCAGAAACAGAAACUACGCCUUCAGAUCCUUCUGCAACCGAUGCAAGCAGCCUCGCCUCCUCGUCGACACCAAAACCCCCGCCGAUUCUAAAUGGCUUCCUCGCAUCGGAGAUUGGAUCUGCACCGGUUGCACUAACAACAAUUAUGCGUCACGAGAAAAGUGCAAAAAGUGCGGACAACCAAAGGAGAUAGCAGCAAUGCCAGCGAUUGCAAUGCCUGGAGCUUCUCUCCCAACUUAUGCGCAUUAUUUUGCCAGGGCGCAAGGAGGACCCGAACAAAAGAUGAACAUUGGAUUAAUGGGCAACGGUGCUCUUCAGCAGCCACUUCCUUUGAGCUCAACCUGGUCUGUAGGAGGUCCUGAUAAAUAUGGAGGCCAACCAGCUCCAACAUGGCCCCUAGGUGGAAACCCUAGUCCUGCACUUCCAUUUCCAAACCAUGCAAAUCAGCUCCUUAUGGUUCCUAAAGGAUGGCGCAAUGGUGACUGGAUAUGCAACUGUGGCUUCCAUAAUUAUUCUUCUCGUGCACAGUGCAAAAAAUGCAAUGCUUCAAUGCCACCAGCACUUGGAAUGAAGAGAUUAGCAUCAGAAGAGUUUGUUCGUGACUGGGAUAGCAAGAGAUUGAAUGCUGGACAUGCAAAUGGACAGCAGCCAUCAUACCCAGGAUUUGAGCAACUGGCAGGUUCCAGUGUUGAUCCAAAAGGUCUGGCUUAUGCCCCCUAUCCUAGUGUAACCCCAGUGGCACCUCCAAAUUUGCAAGUGCCAAUGCAGUUCCCACAUCAAACAACAACACCUACACUCCUUGGGAAAGGAGCAAAGCAAUGGCGUGAUGGGGACUGGAUGUGCACAAAUUGCAACAAUCAUAAUUUUGCAUCUCGAUCCCAGUGCAAUAGGUGUAAAACUCAAAGAGACGCCCUCGCGCAGCCUGUCAGCGUUGCAUAGCCAGUGUACUUGGAGGCUUUAAACCAUCCGAAACUUCUGUUGGCAUUUGUGGAGGCUUUGUUUUCGAUUUUCAUUAUGUAUCUUAUUGGCGGCUACAUGCUCAUCUUAUUCUAUUGGGUUGUCAGUUCCGUUACACAGUAGCAUACUUUGGACUUCAUGUAUGUAAUUAACAGCAUAAUGGUUUUCAAGUGAGUGUGAGAGAGUGAGAGUCAGCUUAGUACUUCCAUGUUAAAAAAGCUUGUUUUGGGUACGAACUUGUAAAAUUGCUUCUUUAAGCUUGUUUCGGCCACAAAUUUGUAAAAUUGCUUCUUUUUUGUGUU